AUGGCCGAACACAAUGAACUCAAUCUAGAUGACAAAUUCCAUUUUGUUUCCCUCAAAAACCUAGAUGACCGCACAGAAAGGCGCCUCGCCCGAUCACACGCUGUAGCCCGGGGCCUUGAGAACAAACGCAAGCUCCAGCAAAAGUUGGGUCUCAAUUUCCGUGGAGUAUCUUCAAAAGAUGAUUCUGGUCGCAACCUGAGCAAAAGAAAGAGAGGCCAAUCACUUGCCUCGCCACCUUUAUCCCUGUCUACAUAUGCGUCCAGUGCGUCCCAAAUGCUCGCUGCGGAGUCACCAAAGCUGCAGGUAUUGUUAAGUCAACACAAAAUGCAACAUUCGACGGAGCCAAUCUUUAGCGUUUUAGACGAGCUUGUGCUCCAGAACUUUCGCUCUGUUUUCCGGAAAGGGCUAGAUGACCAUGCCUUUUUGAAUGCCGCUAUGCUCACAUUUGCAUUCGCGGUCACUGAUGGCUGCAUCAAUAGUGAGUGCCUCCAAUAUCAGGGUCAGGCUCUUAGUUCCAUUCGUCGAAGGAUGGACUCUCCAGAUAUGGCUACCACGGAGUCGACAUUAGGUGCUAUCUUGCUAUUAGCUAGGGUAGAGGCUCAGCUUGGAAUACCGCGACAAGUCCAACUCCACAUGGGGGCAAUACAGCAGCUCCUAGACAUAUGUCGAAGAAAGGGUGUGUAUUUGAGUGAUGGUAUCAAGCGUGCCAUAUUCUGGUCAGACUUGAAUUCCUCGGUUAUGACAGGGUCCAGCCGAGUUGUUGAUCACACAACCUUCUCCGAGCUUCAAUGGAAAAGAGAUCCUUUCGUUCAGAAUUCCUUCACCCUGCCACCUGGAUUCCAGGCCCACUCUCACUUGCUGGGCCAAGAGUUUGUUGAGGUGCUCAAAGACGUCUUUGCAUUGCAAUGUAUCCGAGACUCUACCUUUUUCGGUGAAGAGGAUAUCAUUUCGAUGGCACACAUUGAUAACCACCAGGCAUCUAUCCAGUCGAGAUUGGUAAACUUACCAAAUUGUUGCUCAAUUUCAGAGUGCUGCCAUCUAGCGGCAUAUCUAUGCUCAACUAUGCUACGCUGUAAGCUUUGGCGUACUUCAACUAUUCCCUCCCACCUUUCAUUGCAGUUGCUCAAUAAGCUACGAGAAGCAAACCAUGAUUUUUUAUGGGAUGAUUGGCCUGAGUUGCUGGCUUGGUUACUACACAUCGGCGGAGCUUUUGCUCCUUCGGGAACUAUACAAUCAGGAUACUUGGCACUGUUGCAUUUGAACCGCAAAACAAGGCUUAGGGGCUUAUAUUCAUCAUGGCCUGAUUUGUUGGAAAUCCUGAAGCAGUUUAUUUGGUCAGAGAAGGCUUUUGAAUCCCAGGUCAAGGCUUUCUGCGAAGAAAGUCAUAUUUGA